GCAUCAAUAGUAUGAAGACUCUAUUUGUUUUAUCUUGUAUUUUGCUGGCAUUGGCCGCUACCACUACUCAGGCGGCCAAAUUAGAUACCAACCUUUACGCAAAAUACCUUUGUCGUAGUAAGCAAAACGGUUUUAAAGCUUUAGUACCGGGCAGCUGUUCUCAAUAUUAUGAAUGUCAAAAUGGUGAAUCUCAACUACGCACUUGUCCCCGUUUUUUUGAUUCCGUGAAUCAAAUGUGUGUUACCAAAGAUACUGGUUGUAUGGAGACAUUGGAAAAUGAAGUAAAUGUACCGGCUGGCUGCAGUGGUCCUUGUUGUGGAGUCUCUAGUGGCUACGCUUUAGAUCCUAUUAAUCAACAGGUUUAUUAUGAAUGCAAGGAUAACUGUGUUGCCUCAAAGAACUACUGUGAGGGUGAUUUAAUGUUCAAUUUACAGACUAAGAAGUGUAGUGCAGCUGAAAGCUGUGGUGAAGUUACAACACCAAAACCACCAUGUACUACUACUACAAAGGCACCAUGUACUGCAACAGAGAAACCUAUUAUUCCAACUUUUACAACACCAACCACAACAACAACUACAUGUACUACUACAAAAACUACGACAACGAAAACAACCACAACGCCGACCACAACAACAACGACAUGCACCACUACAACAACUAAUUGUUCAACAACAACUACAACUUGCACAACCACAAACCCAACAACAACAAAAACUACCACCACCAAAACAACAACAACAAAGACCACUACAACACCAACCACAACAACUACUACAUGUACUACAACUACCACAACUUGCACUACUACAAAAUCAACAACAAAACCUACCACCACUAAAACUACAAAGACAACAGCAACACCAACCACAACAACUACUACAUGCACUACAACAACCACUACUUGCUCAACAACUACCACAACUUGCACUACCGCAAAACCUACAACCACUAAAACUACAACUACAAAGACCACUACAACACCAACUACAACAACUACUACAUGCACUACUACAACCACUACUUGUUCAACAACCACCACAACUUGCACUACUACAAAACCAACAACAACAAAACCUACCACCACUAAAACUACAAAGACCACUACAACACCAACCACAACAACAACUACAUGUACUACAACAACGAGUACUUGUUCAACAACAACCACAACUUGCACUACUUCUACACUAACAACAACAAAAACUACCACCACUAAAACUACAAAGACAACUACAACACCAACCACAACAACAACUACAUGUACUACAACAACGAGUACUUGUUCAACAACAACCACAACUUGCACUACUUCUACACUAACAACAACAAAAACUACCACCACUAAAACUACAACUACAAAGACCACUACAACACCAACCACAACAACAACUACAUGUACUACAACAACGAGUACUUGUUCAACAACAACCACAACUUACACUACUUCUACACUAACAACAACAAAAACUACCACCACUAAAACUACAACUACAAAGACAACUACAACACAAACCACAACAACAACUACAUGUACUACAACAACGAGUACUUGUUCAACAACAACCACAACUUGCACUACUUCUACACUAACAACAACAAAACCUACCACCACUAAAACUACAACUACAAAAACAACUACAACACCAACCACAACAACUACUACAUGUACUACAACAACAACUACAUGUUCAUCAACGACCACAACUUGUUCAACAACCACCACAACUUGCACUACUACAAAACAAACAACAACAAAACCUACCACCACUAAAACUACAAAAACAACUACAACACCAACCACAACAACUACUACAUGUACUACAACAACUACUUGUUCAACAACCACCACAACUUGCACUACUACAAAACAAACAACAAAAAAACCUACCACAACUAAAACUACAACUACAAAGACCACUACAACACCAACCACAACAACUACUACAUGCACUACAACAACGACUACUUGUUCAACAACAACCACAACAUGUACUACUACUACACCAACAACAACAAAAACUACCACCACUAAAACUACAACUACAAAGACAACUACAACACCAACCACAACAACUACUACAUGUACCACAACAACAACUACUUGUUCAACAACCACAACAACUUGCACUACUACUACACUAACAACAACAAAACCUACGACUACAAAAACAACCACUACUAAAACUACAACAACAACUACUACUUGCUUAACAACUACUACUUCCUCAACCACAACCACAACUUGCUCAACUACCACAGCUCCCUGUAAUGGAGCAACAACGACUACACCGCCCUGCCCUCUUACCAAUCAAGCUGCACAAAGUCAACCCGAACCAGCAAAACAACCCAACAACAAUUUCGAUUUGUAUUUGCGUUUCGUGUGCCGUAACAAACCGGAUGGCUUUAAAUUCGUUUCGCUGACCAAAUGCAAUGAUUUCUUUGUGUGCAACAAAGGUGUAGCAAUGCUUUUGACCUGUGGCGACAAUUACUUUAACCCUUUGAAGGGCGUUUGUGAUUUGCCUGAAAAUACCAAUUGUGUCUUGAGUCAAUUUAUUGCAUAGAUCUAAUAAUCAGAGUGCGACCACUUUUUUUCGCUGGACUAAAGGAUGCUGCCGACAAAAUGAUUAAGGUCUACUUUAAGCUUAAGUUUUAAAAGAAAAAUAAAUGAAAUUUAAUUUUUGAAAAAUAAA